UCAUCUAUAAUAAUAUACUAAUAUCACAGUACAAGAUUUUACAGUUUUCAAUGAUAUUAAGAAUAUCGGAGUAGUUUGAUCAACAAUCGUAGUUGUAACCCAUAGACCUAUAUAAUCGGAGAACUUGUAUUCGUAGCAUUCGACAUUCGGAACAAUAUUAUGUUCGAAACAUUAUUUUAUCGUAGCAGUUGUAGUAGCCCGUUUUCAAAACAAACGUUUUUGGUGUAGAUUAAUCAGCUGCAGAAUCGCAACUAUUCGCUGAUAAGAAAUGAUAACAAUCACCUACACCGUCUACACCUGCACUUUAGUAAGUUGGUGUGAAAAGUAUACACGCUUAACUCACACUAUUUCAAAACAAGCGGUAUGUAUGCUGACACUUUUCUAAAACAAACGCUUCAGUGUACACUUUAUGUCAAAACGAACAGAGUCAAUGCCGAAAUCCAGAUGAAACCUAACCUCAAGUACAGUAAACUGCAGGAAGUACAACAUAAUUUUAAACGCCUAGAUCAUGUUUUAACGAAUCUCGGAAUUCUUCAAUGGAUCAUUUUCAUCAAAAUGAUGAUAAUGUAAGAGCGGUGGUACCUGCAGUAUCUUCAAUGAUAUUAAAAUACAAUCGUAAGAUAAAAUUAAUAAUAAAAUUGUGACGUUACAUCAAGUAUCAAUUCAAAAUUAUGUAACAUUUUCGCGUCCUAGGCCAUUAAUGAAUGCUAUUCAUAUGAUGGGAAAUGUAAACUUUUCUCCAAAUGCAUUGUCAAUGAGUUCAUUAAUGCCUGUUUCAACGCCACCAAACUAUACUUUUUCAAAAUCUAAUGAACAAUUAACUGAAGAAGUUAUACAUCCAUAUGUUAAUAAAACCUUUAUGGAUUUGGAUAAUUCCAAUGCAUAGAUUCAUAAUCAAAAUCCAACAUCGGUUUCAUCACUAACAGGCACUUCUUUUGAAGAGACUCAACCUAUGUCUACAAUACAAAAUAUAAUUGCUGAAAAUUCAUAUGAUGAAGUAUCAAAUUUAAAUAGUACCCUACUUACUGCUUCUAAAAUAUCAGGAUUAAAUCAAAAGACCAGUCUUGAAGAAUGUGAUACAGUUCAAAAAUCUUUAUUAAUUGCAAGACAAAAGGCUAAGAAAGCUAUGUUCAUAUCUGAUCUUGAUGACGAUGAUAAUGUUAAACCUAAUAAAAUAAAAAAACUUAAAUCAUCAAUUGAAUGCCCCGUUUUUUCAGAAAAUUAUAUUGACCCUGAUCAAAUAUCUGAAACAGUUGAUUAUAUUCCUGAACGUGAUAAUAAGAAUGACAAUUAUAGACAAUCAACUUCAUAUGUGAAGUCUGUUUUUGAUAAAUCACCUGUGAAAAUGAAUAAUGGUUGGUCACCAUCUCCUCUCAAAUCUGCUGCUAAAGAUCAGCUAAGAAGUGCAUCCAAGGAGCAGAUAUCAUUCAAAGAAAUAGAUUCAUGUACUAAAAAAGUUAUAUCUACUACAGUUUCAAGGAAACUUAAAUUUGGUGAUAAAGAAAAACCAUGUAAAUAUAUUAUUGUGAUAUUAUAUUUCUAUGAUAUAAUACCUCUGGGUACCUUGUACAGCUUUUUAAAUUUUAAAUUUACUGAUUACAAUAAUAAUAUUGUUAAUUUUAACAUUCUGUCGGACGAAGAAACUUUUGAUACAUCAGUUAUAAAAAAUUAAGUGUCUCCUGAUAUUACAAAAAAAGUUACGCAUGAUCAUACAAUACAAACAUCAUCAGAAUUAAACACUAGCAAUAGAGAAAAA